CGGGCGUGUUUUAGUAGGACCCGUAAAAUCUCAAUUUAAAAACUUUCACUCUUCUCGCUGCGGGGGAUUUUUUAGACAUCAAUAUAUGUAUUUUUCCGAUUUAAAGAAGAUUAGUAAAAUGACCACGUUACCAAAGAGCAUUUGUAGAUUGUAUAAUGUUGUCACACAAAGAAUUCAACACAGGUCAGUCCAUCUUGGUCAAGCUGUUGAAAUAAAGAAACGAAAAAUUCGAGUUGGUUCAAAAAACUUUAUGGAAAUUCCAAUAAAAGGAACCAUAGAAUAUGUUUCUCGUCAACUCUCCGAUCCAUUUGUUAAGAUGAGGCAUUUGGAAGGUUACAGGUGUCGAAGCGCUUACAAGUUGAUGGAUAUUGUUGAAAAACAUGAUUUGUUGAAACCUGGAAUGAAAGUUGUUGAUCUUGGAGCAGCACCAGGAUCUUGGUCACAAGUAGCAGCAGAGAGGGUUAUAAACAAAGAUGAUGAUGGUUUGGUAAUCGCCGUUGAUUUACUUAAAUUCCCCCCACUUGAUGGCGUAACACAAAUCACAGGAGAUUUCACCAAAAAGGAAACACAGGAUGAAAUUAAAGCUUUGCUUGGAACGGAAGAAAACAGAUUUGUGGACAUUGUACUUUGUGAUGCUGCUCCAAGUGCUUCUGGAUUUAAAAAUAAAGAUCAUUUAGCGAUAGUUCAAAUUAUAGCAGCUGCAACUAACUUUACAUUAAAGAUGCUUGCCAAUCAUGGGAAUUUUCUUUUCAAGAUUCUAGACGGAACUGAAACAAUGAAAAUUAAAAAGUUUCUGUCAUUACAUUUUAUGAGUGUUGCAUCUUUGAAACCAAAAGCAAGUCGCUCAGAAUCUGCUGAACAUUUUAUCCUUUGUAAAAAUUACAAUAGGCAGGAAAAUAUAUCGUAAAAUUUUUAUUUUUUUUGAAACACCUAUUUAUUGCAACAAUUUUGAAUUCCAACAUUAAAAUGUCAUAAUAAAGCAAUUAAAUUAUUGUUCUG